ACAUACAUGUGCAAACGUAUUCACGUGGUAGGGGCCCUUGUUCCUCCCUACACAGCUCUGUAUUUACACAGCCACCAACGGUGCGCCACGAGAAUUGACGUACAAAAUGGAAGGGAACUUCUUCGAAUUAACCUUUUUUGAGCGCUUUUGUGCCUGCUCUCCAUGGGCAUGAUUAACUUUCCCCCGAAGUGCCUUACUAUUGAGGACACGCUAAACGGAAGGAAGGUUAUAGUGGCAACACUUUUCAAAAAAGCAUAUACGCACAGCUGCAUUAGCGUGUCCAUGCCGCUGUUCACCCUGACACAUUUGGUGAGUAGUAAAAAUAGGCACACCCAUAAGGACAUACACAUUUAGGGGCUAGCUCCUAUGCAAUGGGAAAAAAGAAAAAAAAUGAUUAACCUAUUGUAUGCCCUAUGCGCCCUAUGGAACGUAUUUUACCUAUGCGCACCGCUAUUCACUUGUCUUCAUAUUGAAGACACUGUCAAAGUUGAGCUACCCAAAAUAGGGAGCGGCGAUUUUUUAAAAAUUUGUUGCGCAGACUUUUGCUCCUUCCAAAAAUAUGACGUAACUACGAAGACGUAUUUGUUCAUCAAGGAAAACAUAAUUUUGCAUAAUUGUAAAAAUGGCAUUAACUUGUACCACUCUAGUGACUAUUUUUUUCACUUGGCUCACUUUGUAAAAAAUGAUCGAAUGGUCGAAAUUGUUGAUUCCUUUGAGCAUCAAAAGGUUAAGUUUACCGUUUGGGAGCCCCUUUUUGAAUUGCUCUCAAUUGGGGGUGGCCAGAAAUAUGUCCAUAUGCCCCUCGGAUUUUAUGAAGCUAAGAAAUGCAGAAGGAGUCACACAAAGGGGAAUGCCAUUGGGGGGAACACGCCCUGGGAUAAUUACGGCAGCGCCGACUUUGAGCUUAACAGGGGGGGAAAUGAACCAUUUUGCGAAGGUGCACUGGAGGGAAAACGAGUAGGCGACGCUAAAGCGGCUAAAGCGGCUAAACUGGCUAAGACGAACGCCAAUUGGAAUAAGGCCCCCCCCGGAAAUAAAUUUGUUUGCACGGAACAUUUACCCAAGGGGGGAAACACUAAAAGGUAUCAUUAUGGCGACGAAAACAAUUCGUGUCAAGUAGACCCAUUAAUGCAGUUGUUUAAUGAACUCAUGGCUGAACGGGAAAAGGAAAAAAAUAGUUUUUUUCAUCACUCAAACGGAUUUACACAGGGGAGUGAAGCUCACGCUGAUAAUGUGCUAAUAAGUUAUAUUGCAAAAAAAUUUGGACAGAGGCACACAUCAAAACUGUGUGCCCCUGGUGGAGGCAUCUCCGAAGCAACACUCUACUUGUCACACCGCUUAACCCCCUUGAUAAAAAAUCUCCUCCUUAGUAACCCCAUACUUAUAUUUUUAUUUGAAGACCCAGCAAUUUGCGGCUUGUGUGCGAAAAGGACGACCAUUGUAGGGGAACCCACGCGAGGCGGAAAAAAAAAAAAUAAAAAAUGGUCACCCCCAAAUUACAAAUCGAUGCUAAAAAGUGCCUCCAUACUCCUUCUUCUUGCCAUUUUAAUGGCAACCAUUUGGAUACUUUUAAAGAGAAAGAAAUGCAAAAUGAAAGACGAAAAAAUUCCGAGGGGUGCUGAAAAAAGGCUAGCCGAAAUACACGUAGCGUACAAGAACAAAAUACAAACAAAUUUUGGCUCAAAAAUAAAAGACAUUACGGAUGAAGAUUUAAUAAAUCUCAUCGCUCAUAAUAAGGCGGAGCUGAUCAUUGUCUGUCAACCGUAG